AUGGUGUCUCUGAAUUGCUUGCUCUUCAAGUUCGUGUUCACUUUAGCAUUGUCAUUUGUUUCGGCCAGUCCACAAAACUAUUAUUACCAUGGAUACGGGCAGAGUGCGCCUUGGAACGCAGUGGUUCAGUCCUACAUUUCGAUUGAUAACUUCGGAAAUUGCCAGGCCCACGAUCGUCCUUUGGUUGGAAGAUGUGUGAGGUACGUGGACUGCAUCAGUGCCAUGCAAUCUGUGCCCAGAGUGACGCCCCUACUGUGCCCUUCAUCGUGGCCCAAUCAACUGGUGUGUUGUCCCCACGGCGGAUACUUGAUUCAGUCACCCAGGGCCUCAAAGAGUGAGGAAGCCUGCUUAAGUGCCUAUCCAAGAGGUCAUCAUAAGCGCCGUCGACGUCGUCGAAAUUCCAAUCCCAAUAAAGAACAAGUGGAACUAGUUGAGCCCAUCAUCCAAAAGCGCAAUCAGAGUGUUAAUUUCCUUGCUGGUGGGAGACUCACCCUGGAAAACGAACAUCCUUAUAUGUGUGCCCUCGGUUGGCCCUCCCGCACAAAUAGAUGGAUUCAUUCGCACGGCUCCAGCAGGCGGAGAUAUAUGUUCAACUGUGGCUGCGUCAUGAUUGCGCCACGGUUCGCCAUAACGGCAGCCCACUGUGCCAACGUCGGCGGGGAACCCCCGUCGGUGGCGUUGAUUGGUGGCGUUCAGCUGAACAGUGGUCGGGGGCAGCUGAUUGAAAUCAAGCAGAUUACCAAACACCCGCUCUUCGAUGAGGAAACUUUGACCAACGAUCUGGCGGUGGUCAAAUUGGCCAGGAGAUCCCACGGCACAGUGGCCUGCCUGUGGAACCAGGAAUCCCUGCCAGAGAGUCCGCUGACUGCCCUGGGCUACGGACAAACCAAGUUCGCUGGCCCGCACUCCAACGACCUGCUGCAAAUAAUGCUUCACCACUUGAAUGUUCAACAAUGCCAGAGAUAUUUGCAACACGAUGACAAAUUAAUUAAUGGCUUGGGAUCGGGGCAACUAUGCGCCGGGGAUUACUCCGGCAACAUGGACACUUGUCAGGGAGAUUCUGGAGGACCUCUGUUGCUUCACCAACAAAUGCGGCAUCAGCACCAUAGGAUUCCAUAUGUGGUGGGCUUAACUUCCUUUGGAGGAGCCUGUGCCACUGGAGAGCCCGGGGUUUAUGUGAGAAUAGUCCAUUACAUUCAGUGGAUAGAGCAACAAGUGUGGCCAUAAGCCGCCUAAAAAAUUAAUACAUAUAUAAAAUAUAUAUAUUUUUUAUAGAAACGUAUUAAAUUCUUGACACAUA